AUUACAGAAAGACGAAACUAAAUUUUUUAAUUGCUUUCGCAUGACUCAAGAGAGUUUUCGCAAAUUAUUAGGAAUGGUACAUAAUAAAUUAAAACGUGCUGACACUAAUAUGCGCCUACCCAUUUCACCUGCUGAAAGAUUAGCUGUAACCAUUAGAUACUUGGCAUCAGGAAAUACAUUCACGGAUCUUCAAUACACAUUUAGAAUGGGAAUUAAAACUAUAAGUUAUAUUGUUCGAGAAGUAUGUAAAGCAAUAUGGUCCGAAUUGCAGAUAUAUAUGAAAAUUCCGUCAGAAGAGGAGUGGUUAAUGAUAGCAAACAAUUUUGAGAGUGCAUCGAAUUUUCCUUUGUGCUUAGGAGCGGUAGACGGGAAACACAUACGAGUUAUAAAGCCAGAAGAAAGUGGUUCAAUGUUUCUAAACUAUAAACAUUAUUUUUCAAUUGUGUUGAUGGCUGUGGUAGACUCAAAUUAUAAUUUUAUUUUCAUUGAUGUUGGAGCCUAUGGCAAAGAAUGCGAUUCGGCUGUAUUUAAGGAAACAGAGUUUUGGAAAAGUUUAGUGAACAAUAGAUUAAAUAUACCACCAUAUACCAACAAAUUGGGAACUCAGUGUGAACUACCCUAUGUAUUUGUUGCGGACGAGGCAUUCGCAUUACAUGAACAUUUACUUCGCCCGUUUGGUGGGCAUCAACUCGAUGAUGUAAAAAGAACAUUUAACUAUCGCCUGACAAGAGCAAGGCGGUACGUUGAAUGUGCGUUUGGGAUAAUGGCGAAUAAAUGGCGAAUUUUCCAUCGACCAUUAAAUGUAUCAACGGAUUUAGCAGUCGACAUAGUAAAAACUUGUUGUUUGUUGCAAAAUUUUAUCCACAAAGAAGAAGGAAUUAUUAAUAAUAUGGCAAGUGAUUUAUUUGCUACUGACUGUGAUUCCGCCCUGCUCGAUAUACCUAGUUCAAAUUCGAUAGGAAAACAUAGUGUAACACUGAAGGAUGCCGUGAAACAACUUACUGAAGCUACUGAAGAUGCAAUCGACUGUACAUUUGAAGGAAAAAUUUCAUGCGUUAUAGUCCAGGGGAUACAGCUCAAACCAACAUUGAAAGCGAUAAUAUACACUACCAGUGAUGCUAAAGGCAACCAAUAA